CCGACUGCAGGUGGCCGACUCCUGCUUCAGCUAUGCGGCUGGAGUUCAGCGUGCAGAGGCUUAGUUUUGACUAAAGCUGGCUCUCAGUUUGAUUCUCAACGUGCUGAACCACGCUGUGUUCUUCACACCGCGUCUGCUCCACAGGAAACGAACUUCAGCGACGCAUUGAUCCGGACUCGGGAGGUCGGACAGCUACAUGGACUGGGACUGGAGGUGGAAGCACUGGUACGAAGGUCAAGUUACAGCUUCAACGCGACACAUCAGCCGAUUAAGAUAAAGGUUUUUAUCGGGCUGACACGAGCCACACGAGCGGGCGAUGGAAGCCGUGCGGCUGAUUUGAGGACAGGACGUUUUCCACGAUGGGGAGUCAGAGGAACGGUUUCAAGAAGGAAGGUUUCAUUUUGUCAGUGGACGUCGGUACAACAUCCAUCAGGUGUCACGUCUAUGACAAGGAGGCAAAUAUCCGAGGAUCAUGCAACACCCAGGUGGUUCCCUUGUUUCCAGAGGUUGGACAUGUGGAGAUGGACCCAGAUGUUUUAUGGAAAAACUUCAUUUAUGUGGUCAAGGGAGCUGUGCAAGAUGCAGGAGUGCAAAUGCGCCAGAUAGAAGCCCUUGGGAUUUCAUCUCAACGAGGCACCUUCACAACAUGGGACAGAAAUACUGGAGUUCCAUAUCAUAACUUCAUCAGCUGGCAGGACCAGAGGGCAGUGGACCUGGUGAAUUCCUGGAAUAGAUCCUGCACCAUGAAAGCAAUCCAUGGUGUGAUGAAGGUGCUGUAUUUUCUUAGCAGGCAGAAACGGUUGCUUGCAGCAAGUCUUAUUGUCUUCUCCACUCAACAUGUGACCUUUCGCCUCGCCUGGGUCCUGAAACAUUACAAGCAGGUUCGUCAAGCGGUAGCUGAAGGCAACUGCUGCUUUGGAACAAUAGACACUUGGCUACUCUUCAAACUCACUAAAGGACACGUUCAUGCCACCGAUUAUUCUAACGCCAGUUCAACAGGCGUUUUCGACUCCUAUCAGAUGUGUUGGAGUGGUUUUUUCUGCUCUCUUUUAUCUCUGCCUCUCUCUAUUUUCCCCAAAGUAGAAAACACAGGCCACAACUUUGGUUCCACAGACCCGUCAAUCUUCGGAGUUUCCAUUCCAAUCAUGUCAGUUAUGGCGGACCAGCAGGCGGCCAUGUUUGGAGAAUGUUGCUUCGAUGUUGGUGAUGUGAAGAUCACCAUGGGAACAGGCACCUUCAUGAACAUCAACACUGGAAGCAAACCACAUACAUCUGUAGCAGGUCUGUAUCCUCUGGUGGGAUGGAAGAUCGGCUCAGAAGUGGUUUACCUGGCAGAGGGCAAUUCAGCAGACACAGGCACUGCCAUCAAAUGGGCACAAAAUCUGGAGCUCUUCUCUGACGUCAGGGAGACCAGUGACAUGGCUUACAGUGUCAGUGACUCUGAUGGCGUGUGCUUCGUACCUUCCUUCAGUGGCCUGCAGGCUCCCCUGAAUGACCCUAAAGCCUGUGCGUCACUCAUGGGCCUCAAACCUACAACCACAAAAAGCCAUCUGGUCCGUGCCAUACUGGAGUCUGUCGCAUUCAGAAACAAGCAGCUUUAUGAGACGAUGCUGAAAGAAACACGGAUUCCUAUCACAAAGAUCAGGGCGGAUGGUGGUGUUUCCUCCAAUGACUUUGUCAUGCAGCUGACUGCAGACCUGUUCGGCAGGAAAGUUGCAAGACGGCAAGACCAUGAGAUGUCGUGUUUGGGGGCUGCUUUUCUUGCUGGGCUGGAAGCUGGUUACUGGAAGAGCCAGGGAGAGCUGAAGAAGCUGCAUAGCACUGACAAGGUGUUCUUGCCUCAAGUGGUACCUAAGGGGAGUGCUGACAGUCGGAAUCGGGAGUACAUCCCCGUCCUCCAGAGCUGGGAGAGAGCUCUCUGGCGUUCCAUGAAUUGGUACAACAAACCUUGACAGUGGAGAUCCAGGUGUUGACCACGUUCAAAAUGAGUUUGAAUACAUGUGAAAGCAGAUGGUCCAUUUUUUAAACAGAACUAAAAACCAUUAGCUGCAUCCCUAAACUAGUCCCAGGGUCAAUCUUUGUGAAUUACAAUCUGGUCCAGAUGCCAAAAACUGACAACAGAAAAUCUGAAAUGUCAGACACACUGGUGUAAUAUCACUGCAGGAUUUUGGAAAAAGUCCACAUUAGUAUACUUGAUUGCUUCGACUGUAGCAACAUUUUCAGAUGAAUCCUCUUGUUCUCGAUCUCAGGUCACUGCAGCAUCCUCGUAGUAUUUCUAUCCAAAUGGAAUCAUAUUUGUUAUAGUAUUUUUCCACAUGAGGGCGCUAAAGACUGACUUUACAGCUUUGUAAUUAUUGAACUUGCCAUAGCAACCACAUGUUACUAAGGAGCUGAAGAUUAAAAUCAUUCAUCUAAGAUUCACACAUGAUCCUCUGCAGAGGAAGAAAAGACGGCACUUAAUCUUUCCGCUCAUCAUACCUCAAGAUUCAAAAAGCUCCACCUAUAGGAAAAAAAACAAAUUUUAGUAUUUCCCUUUUACUUAAACGUGGUAUUUUCUCUGUUAUUUGAAGGUGUGAGUCUUGUUAAGAAAUGCUUCUUACAUUUUUAGACAUUGGCAGGGAUUAACUUGUUUUUCAGUGUACAUAGGAUGGAUGAAAAAAUCAAAAAAAAAAUAUUGUUUUGUUGAAAUAUAAAUAUAGCAAAAAAACUGCAUCUCACUGACAAACCUUUCAAAAUCUUCUGCUUCGUAACAAUUCGAGCUGCACAUCUUGAUGAAACCAUAGAUUAAUAGCUACCUUCUAAGUUGAUAGGGGUAAAGAAUAUUAAUCGAACUGAUCCUAAACAGAAAUACGACAUGCUGAAAUUUGAAAAGUGAAAAGCGUUAUUGCUUGUCCAUCCAUGUUGUUCAGUUAUUAGUGUUUUUUGUAGAUUUGUUCCAGCCUUAUGUAUUCAGUGCCAAGUGAUAGCCGUGUUAAUGUCACAUCAUAAUGUUUUGACUCAAGUCUUUUACCUGACCUGAUGAACUCUGAUGACAAAGCUAUCUUUUAGCGUGUUAUGGGUGCCUGUAAACAAAGUAAAGCUCAGUGUAGAAAUGUUGUCAAAUAUGAUUAACCUUUCUGAAUGCUCUGACAUGGUUUUUUGUACUUGUUAUGCAAAGUGACACUAUGGAAUAACCACAUCAGAUCAAAAUUACAUUUCAGCUCAUCACAUGCCAGAUUUUCUAAUACUUGAACAAAAGCUGCUGGUAAAUAGCCAAUAAUUAAUAUAUGUAAUCAUAUUUGUAACAUUCCUGGUACUUUGUACGGUGCUAAAGGGCUAGUAUUAAAAACAUAAAUAAUCA